AUGGAAGGGAGUACGAGGGGGUAUCUCCAACUAACACGGGAUAUACUCACGAUGAGGAAGGAGCGGAGGGUGAAGGGUGUGAGUGGGAACGGAAGUUGGGAAGGUGGGAAUGGGUCGAGGGAAUCCCAGAUCUUGGAGGCGCGAGCGAGCGACGAAGGACGGACGGUACCUAGACACACAAAGGGAACCCAGAAGGGACAAGGGACGAGGGUGUGUGAAGGGAAGGAAGCCCAGGCCAGGGUGCGGCAGGAGGUUCCUGGCCAUAUCGCGUUCCAACGAUGCCUUUUCUUCCCAAUCAAGGCUUUGUUGGCUGUUUCAGCGCUCAAAAACGCCGUCCUGAUACAGGGCCCCGAAAACUCAUGUGGCGGACCCACUAGCGACGACAUCCGGCCGGUGCCCCCAUUACCGAGAAUCACAUCGUCAAUGUCCACAAAAGCAGCAUCCACUGUCAAGAACAAAGAAGAUGUCGGUUUGGAAGAGAGGCUCUGUGUCGGCACGCGGUCAAUGUGGCGUCUGGGUCUAGUCGAACUCUAA